AUGACUUCAUACGACAAGAGCGGUUAUGAUCUCGAAUACAAUGCGCAUCCGAUCAGCGAUGAGAAACAUCGCUCGGUAGUGGCUCCUGACGAGUCUGGAGCCGUUCAUGGAGAAUCCUUCGUCGCAGGUAAUACCUUGUAUGCAAAACUACAACGCCUUGCGGGACGGUUUGGUGUUGAGCAGAGAGGUCUCGAGCGCGUUCCUGAUGAUGAGCGGACGGACAAGACGGUCAUUAAGUUGAGCACCAUGUGGCUUGCGGCCAAUAUGACGGUCUCGACGUUCGCUAUUGGUGUUCUUGCGACACCCGUAUUUGCAUUGGGAUUUGUGGAUUCCAUUCUUACCAUCCUCUUCAUCAACAUCUUGGGUAUCACCCCUGUAGCAUUUUAUGCCACUUUUGGACCUCGAUUUGGUAUGCGACAGAUGGUGCUGAGCCGAUUUUGGUUUGGUUAUACUGGCGUCAAACUGAUCGCGUUCUUUAACUGCCUUGCUUGUCUCGGCUGGUCUUCUGUCAAUGUGAUAGUCGGGUCUCAAUUGAUACAUGCUGUCAACGGGAAUGUCCCUGGGUAUGCUGGUAUUAUCAUCAUCGCUGCUGGAACGUUCAUCAUUACACUUUUCGGAUAUAAAGUAGUACAUUGGUACGAAAUGGUGUCUUGGGCACCAUGCCUGAUUAUUCUCCUCGUGGUUUUGGGCGAGUUCGCGCAUCGAGGCGAUUUCGAAAAUCUCCCCAUGGGUUCGGGAAAGCUUGAGACUGGGUCGGUCCUCUCGUUCGCCGCAGCGAUUUUCGGCUUCGCCACCGGUUGGGGAUCCUACGCGGCAGACUACAGUGUUUACCAACCUGUGAACGUCAGCCGAGUCAAGGUCUUCGCCUAUACAUUCAUUGGACUUUUCCUCCCACUCUGCUUCUGCGAGAUGCUAGGCGCAGCCAUCGGCACCGCAACGGUCAACAACCCAGCUUAUGCCGACGCAUACAACAACGACCACAUCGGCGGCCUCCUCCACGAGGUUCUGGUUCCCCGACUUGGCAACUUUGGCAAAUUCUGCGUCGUAGUGCUCGCCCUCUCUAUUAUCGGUAACAACUGCCCCAACAUCUACUCCAUCUCGUUCUCCCUCCAAUCUAUCACACACUACGCCCAAUAUGUGCCUCGCUUUAUCUGGACGCUGAUCGCGACCGUGGUGUACUGCGCCAUUGCCAUUCCGGGCUACACCCAUUUCGAAUCGGUGCUGGAGAACUUCAUGCUGUGCAUCGGGUACUGGUUGGCCGUCUACGAGGGCAUUUCACUGCCUGAGCACUUCAUCUUCAAGCGGGGCUUUGGCGGCUAUCAGCCGGAGAUCUACGAUCAGCCGAAGAAACUCCCACCGAGCAUCGCUGCGCUCGGCGCCUUCUGCUUCGGCGCCCUCGGUGCUGCCAUGGGCAUGGCUCAGGUAUGGUACAUCGGCCCUAUUGGCAAGUUGAUCGGCGGUGACUAUGGUGGUGAUGUCGGCUUUGAGCUGGCUUUCGCUUUUGCCGCCAUCACGUAUAUUCCAUUCAGGUAUAUCGAGAAGAAGAAGUUCGGGAGGUAG